AUGGCGACUCCUCCCAGUGACGCCUCUAGCCAGCCUGUCGCCACGGAGGUGCCCUCUCCGCCGUCCGUCACAUCCUCCGCCACGCCCAGCAGCACACUCUAUGCUCCCGCGUCCACCACCUCCACUCCCGUGGCCACCAACAGCCCGACCUCGUCCACGGGGGUGCCUCGCUCCCCUACACCUGCCCCCAGCUCCGACACGCCCACCGGGUCCAGCACGCAGGUCGCCACUCCCAGGGACACCGCAGCCCCGGCCACCUCCCUCACGGCCACUCUGGCCUCUGCCGCCGCGGCACACACCACCGGGGCGGCUAGCACCCUCCGGGUGACCACACCCACGCCCACAGCACCGCCCAGCGCUCCGGUCCUCACCUCUUCCACCAUCUACUCCAGCGGGAGCACCCUCACUUCCGCCUUCACCUCACCCCUCCCGGCCUCCGCCACGCUGCACACAUCCACGACUCUCCCUCCCUCCUCGGCAACCUCGGCCAGCACGCCGGCCACCACCUCCAUCUUCACCACUCCCCGCAGCACGGCGACUCCCUUCGGCUCCAGCACCAUCCCCGCCACAUCGCUAGGCGCCUCCUCCCCGGCCUCCGGCAGUACCAGGGCCAGUACCACUCCGGCCGAGGCGGCCAGCCCACCUGCCCCGAGCACCAGUGGGCCGCCCCCGCACCCCACCACCACGGCGACUCCUCCCAGUGACGCCUCUAGCCAGCCUGUCGCCACGGAGGUGCCCUCUCCGCCGUCCGUCACAUCCUCCGCCACGCCCAGCAGCACACUCUAUGCUCCCGCGUCCACCACCUCCACUCCCGUGGCCACCAACAGCCCGACCUCGUCCACGGGGGUCGCCACUCCCAGGGACACCGCAGCCCCGGCCACCUCCCUCACGGCCACUCUGGCCUCUGCCGCCGCGGCACACACCACCGGGGCGGCUAGCACCCUCCGGGUGACCACACCCACGCCCACAGCACCGCCCAGCGCUCCGGUCCUCACCUCUUCCACCAUCUACUCCAGCGGGAGCACCCUCACUUCCGCCUUCACCUCACCCCUCCCGGCCUCCGCCACGCUGCACACAUCCACGACUCUCCCUCCCUCCUCGGUCAGGACGCGAGCCCCCAGCUCCGCAACCUCGGCCAGCACGCCGGCCGCCACCUCCAUCUUCACCACUCCCCGCAGCACGGCGACUCCCUUCGGCUCCAGCACCAUCCCCGCCACAUCGCUAGGCGCCUCCUCCCCGGCCUCCGGCAGUACCAGGGCCAGUACCACUCCGGCCGAGGCGGCCAGCCCACCUGCCCCGAGCACCAGUGGGCCGCCCCCGCACCCCACCACCACAGCGACUCCUCCCAGUGACGCCUCUAGCCAGCCUGUCGCCACGGAGGUGCCCUCUCCGCUGUCCGUCACAUCCUCCGCCACGCCCAGCAGCACACUCUAUGCUCCCGCGUCCACCACCUCCACUCCCGUGGCCACCAACAGCCCGACCUCGUCCACGGGGGUCGCCACUCCCAGGGACACCGCAGCCCCGGCCACCUCCCUCACGGCCACUCUGGCCUCUGCCGCCGCGGCACACACCACCGGGGUGGCUAGCACCCUCCGGGUGACCACACCCACGCCCACAGCACCGCCCAGCGCUCCGGUCCUCACCUCUUCCACCAUCUACUCCAGCGGGAGCACCCUCACUUCCGCCUUCACCUCACCCCUCCCGGCCUCCGCCACGCUGCACACAUCCACGACUCUCCCUCCCUCCUCGGUCAGGACGCGAGCCCCCGCAACCUCGGCCAGCACGCCGGCCGCCACCUCCAUCUUCACCACUCCCCGCAGCACGGCGACUCCCUUCGGCUCCAGCACCAUCCCCGCCACAUCGCUAGGCGCCUCCUCCCCGGCCUCCGGCAGUACCAGGGCCAGUACCACUCCGGCCGAGGCGGCCAGCCCACCUGCCCCGAGCACCAGUGGGCCGCCCCCGCACCCCACCACCACGGCGACUCCUCCCAGUGACGCCUCUAGCCAGCCUGUCGCCACGGAGGUGCCCUCUCCGCCGUCUGUCACAUCCUCCGCCACGCCCAGCAGCACACUCUAUGCUCCCGCGUCCACCACCUCCACUCCCGUGGCCACCAACAGCCCGACCUCGUCCAUGGGGGUCGCCACUCCCAGGGACACCGCAGCCCCGGCCACCUCCCUCACGGCCACUCUGGCCUCUGCCGCCGCGGCACACACCACCGGGGCGGCUAGCACCCUCCGGGUGACCACACCCACGCCCACAGCACCGCCCAGCGCUCCGGUCCUCACCUCUUCCACCAUCUACUCCAGCGGGAGCACCCUCACUUCCGCCUUCACCUCACCCCUCCCGGCCUCCGCCACGCUGCACACAUCCACGACUCUCCCUCCCUCCUCGGCAACCUCGGCCAGCACGCCGGCCGCCACCUCCAUCUUCACCACUCCCUGCAGCACGGCGACUCCCUUCGGCUCCAGCACCAUCCCCGCCACAUCGCUAGGCGCCUCCUCCCCGGCCUCCGGCAGUACCAGGGCCAGUACCACUCCGGCCGAGGCGGCCAGCCUACCUGCCCCGAGCACCAGUGGGCCGCCCCCGCACCCCACCACCACGGCGACUCCUCCCAGUGACGCCUCUAGCCAGCCUGUCGCCACGGAGGUGCCCUCUCCGCCGUCCGUCACAUCCUCCGCCACGCCCAGCAGCACACUCUAUGCUCCUGCGUCCACCACCUCCACUCCCGUGGCCACCAACAGCCCGACCUCGUCCACGGGGGUGCCUCGCUCCCCUCCACCUGCCCCCAGCACAGAGCCCGCCUCCGCCUCCACCCCGAACACCAGCCCUCUGCCCACCGACAUGGUCGCCACUCCCAGGGACACCGCAGCCCCGGCCACCUCCCUCACGGCCACUCUGGCCUCUGCCGCCACGGCACACACCACCGGGGCGGCUAGCACCCUCCGGGUGACCACACCCACGCCCACAGCACCGCCCAGCGCUCCGGUCCUCACCUCUUCCACCAUCUACUCCAGCGGGAGCACCCUCACUUCCGCCUUCACCUCACCCCUCCCGGCCUCCGCCACGCUGCACACAUCCACGACUCUCCCUCCCUCCUCGGUCAGGACGCGAGCCCCCAGCUCCACGCCCGCCACCACCGAGGCCACAUCCACCGGGCCCGCGGCCGCAUCCACCACCGCCACCUCCGCCGUGGACCUCGGCUCCACACGCGCAACCUCGGCCAGCACGCCGGCCGCCACCUCCAUCUUCACCACUCCCCGCAGCACGGCGACUCCCUUCGGCUCCAGCACCAUCCCCGCCACAUCGCUAGGCGCCUCCUCCCCGGCCUCCGGCAGUACCAGGGCCAGUACCACUCCGGCCGAGGCGGCCAGCCCACCUGCCCCGAGCACCAGUGGGCCGCCCCCGCACCCGACCACCACGGCGACUCCUCCCAGUGACGCCUCUAGCCAGCCUGUCGCCACGGAGGUGCCCUCUCCGUCGUCCGUCACAUCCUCCGCCACGCCCAGCAGCACACUCUAUGCUCCCGCGUCCACCACCUCCACUCCCGUGGCCACCAACAGCCCGACCUCGUCCACGGGGGUGCCUCGCUCCCCUCCACCUGCCCUCAGCACCGAGCCCGCCUCCGCCUCCACCCCGAACACCAGCCCUCUGCCCACCGACAUGACCACACUCCCCACCACCCACACAACGGCCGGCCCCUCGCCCCCCGCCAGCACGCCCACCGGGUCCAGCACGCAGGUCGCCACUCCCAGGGACACCGCAGCCCCGGCCACCUCCCUCACGGCCACUCUGGCCUCUGCCGCCGCGGCACACACCACCGGGGCGGCUAGCACCCUCCGGGUGACCACACCCACGCCCACAGCACCGCCCAGCGCUCCGGUCCUCACCUCUUCCACCAUCUACUCCAGCGGGAGCACCCUCACUUCCGCCUUCACCUCACCCCUCCCGGCCUCCGCCACGCUGCACACAUCCACGACUCUCCCUCCCUCCUCGGUCAGUACGCGAGCCCCCAGCUCCACUCCCGCCACCACCGAGGCCACAUCCACCGGGCCCGCGGCUCCAUCCACCACCGCCACCUCCGCCGUGGACCUCGGCUCCACACGCGCAACCUCGGCCAGCACGCCGGCCGCCACCUCCAUCUUCACCACUCCCCGCAGCACGGCGACUCCCUUCGGCUCCAGCACCAUCCCCGCCACAUCCCUAGGCGCCUCCUCCCCGGCCUCCGGCAGUACCAGGGCCAGUACCACUCCGGCCGAGGCGGCCAGCCCACCUGCCCCGAGCACCAGUGGGCCGCCCCCGCACCCCACCACCACGGCGACUCCUCCCAGUGACGCCUCUAGCCAGCCUGUCGCCACGGAGGUGCCCUCUCCGCCGUCCGUCACAUCCUCCGCCACGCCCAGCAGCACACUCUAUGCUCCCGCGUCCACCACCUCCACUCCCGUGGCCACCAACAGCCCGACCUCGUCCACGGGGGUGCCUCGCUCCCCUCCACCUGCCCCCAGCACCGAGCCCGCCUCCGCCUCCACCCCGAACACCAGCCCUCUGCCCACCGACAUGGCAACCUCGGCCAGCACGCCGGCCGCCACCUCCAUCUUCACCACUCCCCGCAGCACGGCGACUCCCUUCGGCUCCAGCACCAUCCCCGCCACAUCGCUAGGCGCCUCCUCCCCGGCCUCCGGCAGUACCAGGGCCAGUACCACUCCGGCCGAGGCGGCCAGCCCACCUGCCUCGAGCACCAGUGGGCCGCCCCCGCACCCCACCACCACGGCGACUCCUCCCAGUGACGCCUCUAGCCAGCCUGUCGCCACGGAGGUGCCCUCUCCGCCGUCCGUCACAUCCUCCGCCACGCCCAGCAGCACACUCUAUGCUCCCGCGUCCACCACCUCCACUCCCGUGGCCACCAACAGCCCGACCUCGUCCACGGGGGUCGCCACUCCCAGGGACACCGCAGCCCCGGCCACCUCCCUCACGGCCACUCUGGCCUCUGCCGCCGCGGCACACACCACCGGGGCGGCUAGCACCCUCCGGGUGACCACACCCACGCCCACAGCACCGCCCAGCGCUCCGGUCCUCACCUCUUCCACCAUCUACUCCAGCGGGAGCACCCUCACUUCCGCCUUCACCUCACCCCUCCCGGCCUCCGCCACGCUGCACACAUCCACGACUCUCCCUCCCUCCUCGGCAACCUCGGCCAGCACGCCGGCCGCCACCUCCUUCUUCACCACUCCCCGCAGCACGGCGACUCCCUUCGGCUCCAGCACCAUCCCCGCCACAUCGCUAGGCGCCUCCUCCCCGGCCUCCGGCAGUACCAGGGCCAGUACCACUCCGGCCGAGGCGGCCAGCCCACCUGCCCCGAGCACCAGUGGGCCGCCCCCGCACCCCACCACCACGGCGACUCCUCCCAGUGACGCCUCUAGCCAGCCUGUCGCCACGGAGGUGCCCUCUCCGCCGUCCGUCACAUCCUCCGCCACGCCCAGCAGCACACUCUAUGCUCCCGCGUCCACCACCUCCACUCCCGUGGCCACCAAUAGCCCGACCUCGUCCACGGGGACAUCCAUGAAUGUGCCUGCAUCGUCUGACAGUGCAGAGGUGUCUACCCUGUUCCUAGCCAGCACCCAGUCCACAGUCAUGGUUUCUGCUGGUUCCUCCGCCUCCAAGACCGACCUCAGCUUCACACUUUCCCUCUUCUACACAAACAGCCAAGACGAGGGACACAACCCUGCUUGCUUCAUCUGCUUUGAGAACCACAGCUACUCCUAUCAGUACCGUUUCUGUAGAGUCUCUGACAACAGAUAUUCCUUCUAUUUCUCCCAUCACAUCCUCAGCCACUCAAACAAGUACAGUCCAUUUUCAGACAUCUCCAGUCUCUACGCCAGUGACCAGUGGUACCUUGACAGCACCCAGCUCGCCUCUUUCCCUAUACUGAUUACUUCUACUAAUGCAAUAAGUACCCCUUUUGGUACCAUCAUCUCCUCUUCAAUACCUGCAAUAAUGUCGUCUUCCACUAUUCCAAGUUCAGAGGUCUCUGUGACAAGUAGUUCUUUUUCUACCUCCUCUCAUAUGUCCAGUGCAGAAAACACAGGCCCUUCCUCUGUCACUGCUUUUCCCACCUUUUCAUCGCCUGAAACGACAAAAACUUCUUCCACCAUGACUUCCCUAAUGACCUCUCCUACCCAGACGACUGCCAUGCUGACUCUGUCUUCCCCCAGCCCGUGUCCAGAGUCCAUAUCAGUUACAAUAGUGUCUGCCUCUCCCACGACACCAUGUAUCGAAUUGGGUCCAAAUGCUGAAGUUACCUCGAUGCCCACUGUCCCGUUAUCAGUUUUCACCUCUACUACUGAGAUGGUCACCUCUCCCAAUCCCACAACCACGACAACUCUGUUCCCUGAUAAACUGGGUGCUUCUCCUCCCAUGCUGGACACUAACCCCUCCAACAAGACUGCUGCUCCCAGUUCUAUCAACAUUGGAAGAAUUCCCAUCAACACGGUUUUCCCAAGCACACGAAGGCCUAAUAGUGGGACCUGGAUCAACUCCAACUUUGUAAAUACUUGGCCUGUGCCUGGCUUCAUUACCUUCCCACACACUGUGAAACGUAGAAGGAGAUCUUCAUCUUCCAUGAUGACUACACACAAGUUGACACCUCAAAGCCUACCGAUCACCAGAGUUCCACGGAUACCGGUGGACACCAGGACUCUCUCUACGCAUACAUCUCGCAGGACAACUUUGACCACGACUCAGAUGGCCACACAGUCUAGGUUCAUCAGCAGCCCAGGCAUUUGUGACAAUGGUGGCACCUGGACGCAGGGCCACUGCUUCUGUCCCCGAACCUUCUAUGGCUCGCACUGCGAGUUGGCUGCCAGAGAGAUAUAUCUGGAUAUGGUGGACAGUGAAGUGGGCAUGGAGGUGUCUGUCAACCAGGAGUUUUCCGCGGACCUCAAGGACAACAGUUCUAAGGUCUACAGGGAUUUCGUGAACACAUUCCGGGAUCAGAUAAAGAAGAUUUACCAAAACGUGCAGGGAUUCAAGGAGGUGCAGAUCCUUUCUCUGAGGAAUGGCAGCAUCGUGGUGGAAUAUCUAGUCCUGCUGGAGUUACCCUUCAGCCUCCAGGUGGAGGAGGAGUAUGAGAAGGUGAAGGUGGCCUUGAAGGAGGAGCUCCAGAAUGUCAGCCAGGAUGGGAACAGCUGCCAGAAUGACCAGGUCCUGUGUUUCAAGCCUGACUCCAUCAAGGUGAACAACAACACCAGGAUGGAGCUGUCACCUGAAGCCAUCUGUCGCCGCGCUGCUGCCGAAGGUUUUGAGGAUUUCUACUUCCCUUUCCUGGAGAAGAACCAGCUCCGCUGUGUCACCAAAUGCAUAGCGGGUGUGGAAGGCGCCAUUGACUGCCAUCAGGGCCAAUGCGUUCUGCAGAGGAGUGGUCCUUCUUGCCGCUGCUUCUCCACGGACACGCACUGGUUCUGGGGCCCGCGCUGCGAGGUGGCCAUCUCCUGGAAGGCGCUGGCCGGGGGCCUGGCGGGAGCCGGGGCCCUGCUUCUGCUGCUGGUGGUGGUGGCGCUGAGCGUGUUCGUCGUGCGCUCCCGGAGGAGGGAUAGGCAAGGCCGAGGCAGGUCCAGGGACGAUAGGAAGUUGUUCGAGACCUGGGAUGAGAGUGCAAAACUGGCUUUUUCUAACUUUGCCUUCCAGCAGGACAGAAGAGUUAAAGAUAAAAAUUUCUCUGUGGCCUUGGACACUGUGGACACCAAUGCCAGGGUGCGGGGUCAGGGAUGGAUCGAUGCGGAGAGAACCAUGCGCACCGCCUUUGGAGAGAUGGCCGCGGGCUCGUGCGGCUCAGUCUCCUGGUUUCCUGGGGCAUAA